UUUUCUUUUCUCUCUUCUGUUUCUUUUCUCUCUCUGCCAGAGAUUCUAUCAUCCUCUUCCUCUCAAUUAAAUUUCAAUUUUUUUUAAAAAAAAACCCUCAAAUGCACAAACUUCCUCAACGUCAAACAAUUGCUAUAUCUCUAUCACGCCUCCACAAUCCCUUAUUCUUGUAACCAAACGGCCCCACUUCUUUUCCCCCAUCUGUUUCCUUUCUCUGUCUUUCACCACCAGAAACCUAAAUAAGCAUUCUUUUGAUCCUCUUCAACCCUUCCUGUUUUCACCAUAUUUAAAUUUCUCCCCAAUCUUUCUCUUUGCAUUUUGCUAUUUGGUCCUUCUUGGCCUUCCUUUUUUGAUUCGCCGACACUUCCCAAUUUCCAGGAUUGGUGCAGUUUCUGUUUAGGGUUUUUGAUAAUCUCACCGCCCAUUGUUUCCCAUUUUGCUGACCCCCUAGGGUUUCCUUAUUUCUUUUUCCUUUUUCCAGUUUCAUAUUUUUUAUUUCUAGGGCAUUUUAUAUUGAAGUUUUGUAGAUUUUCUUGAUCGAAUAGAAAAGAAAAGAAAAAACUUACAUCCUUUUAUCAUUUUACCUUGGAAGUUUAUUGGCAUAUCCCCUUCGUUUUGGCAGUAUUUACUAUUCUUACCAUUUUAUUACUUCUAAAACGUUAACAUAAUCUAGGGUUGUUACUUGAUUAAAUGAAAAAAAAAUACUAAAAUUAAUAUCAAAGUUUCUUCCUUUUUUUUUCCCCUUACCGUGGAUUUACUAGGAAAACCGUACAUAUUGAAAAACAAUCCAUCUUUUUUCUUGGAUUAGUUUUUUUUUUUAAUUUUUGAAAUUUAUUUUCUUUGUUUUUGGUUGCCUUGUGGCGGUUGGGAGAGUUGAGAAAGUUGUUAGGGGGGAAAAGUGGUUUAGGAUUGUAUGGAAGAGCAUGAAGGGUGGGCGGCGCAGCAGCCACCGAGCGGGCUAUUGCCGAACGGUUUGUUACCGAACGAAACUGCCUCGGUGAUUCAGAUACUUGAUUCGGAGCGAUGGAUGAAGGCUGAGGAAAGAACCGCUGAGCUGAUUGCUCGCAUUCAGCCCAAUGCACCCUCGGAAGGUCGCCGUAAUGCCGUAGCUGAUUAUGUCCAGCGCCUCAUCUCUAAAUGCUUCCCUUGUCAGGUGUUUACUUUCGGGUCUGUGCCCCUCAAGACAUAUUUGCCUGAUGGGGAUAUUGACUUAACGGCCUUCAGUAAGAAUCAAAAUUUGAAGGAUACAUGGGCUCAUCAGGUUCGCGAUAUGCUGGAAAAUGAAGAGAAAAAUGAGAAUGCUGAAUUCCGAGUAAAAGAAGUUCAGUACAUUCAGGCUGAGGUUAAGAUAAUAAAGUGUCUUGUAGAAAAUAUUGUGGUAGACAUUUCAUUUAAUCAGCUUGGUGGAUUAUGUACUCUUUGUUUCCUUGAAGAGGUUGAUCUUUUGAUAAACCAGAAUCAUUUGUUCAAACGUAGCAUCAUAUUGAUAAAGGCAUGGUGUUAUUAUGAGAGCCGUAUAUUGGGUGCUCAUCAUGGACUUAUCUCAACUUACGCCCUGGAAACCUUGGUUCUUUACAUAUUCCAUGUUUUCAAUAAGUCCUUUUCUGGACCACUUGAGGUCCUGUAUUAUUUUCUUGAAUUUUUUAGCAAGUUUGAUUGGGAAAAUUUUUGUGUUAGCCUCUGGGGUCCUGUUCCAAUUAGUUCGCUGCCAGACAUAACAGCGGAACCUCCUCGAAAAGAUGGUGGAGAGUUGUUACUUGGAAAAUAUUUUCUUGAUACUUGUAGUUCAAGAUAUGCUGUUUGCCAAGAAAAUCAGGGCCAACCCUUUGUUUCUAAACAUUUCAAUGUGAUCGAUCCUUUGCGUAUAAAUAACAACCUUGGACGUAGUGUUAGUAAAGGUAAUUUCUUUAGGAUUCGCAGUGCAUUUGCAUUUGGGGCUAAAAAGUUGGCAAGACUACUUGAUCCCAAAGAGGACCUAUAUGAAGAAGUAAAUCAAUUCUUUAUGAAUACAUGGGAAAGGCAUGGUAGUGGUGAACGCCCUGAUGCGCCAAGGAAUGAUCUGUGGCGCUUGAGAUUGUCAAAUUCCGACCACACUCAUGGAUCUAAGAAUGUCAGGAACAAUUCAAGCAGCAAAGGAAAUGAUAUGUCCUCAGGGCAUGAAACUCAAGCUGAAGGAGCACAAGGAUUGUGUGGUGUUUCCUCACAGCAUGUUAAUUAUCCAUCAGAAAGCACAAGCAAGAUGAGUGAUGUAUCAACUGCUUCUCGUGCUCAAAGCCAAAAGAGUUAUGGUAGCAUGACCAACUCAAAUACAUCUGAUCAGGUUAGACGGGAUUCUAAUUCCAAUCAGAAUGUGCAUAAUGAUACAGGGCAGAGAAAUUCUAAAGCAGAGAAUUUUGUAACUGAUGUUCAAGGAAGAUGUCUUUUUGCAAGGACACGUUCUAGUCCUGAGCUUACUGAAACAUAUGGGGAAGUUACAUCUCGAGGAAGGCGGAACAGAGUGCCAGAGAGUAGGAAAACCCACAUUGCUUCUAUGAGGUCAGAAAAUAACGGGAGGAAAAAUAUGGAAUCUGAUAUGACAGAAAGCAAUAACAUUAAGUCUUCAUGUGAUGAUCCUUCAUCUAUUAGGCACACUUCAACCCAUCAAAGCAUUGAUGCUACUGCUGAUCCAAAUAGUCUAUUAAAUAGUUACCAAGAUGAUUUAGGCUUGGGAGCUAUGGGUCAGGACUUUUCCUCGAUUCCAGGUGCACAAGGAAUGCAUCAAGAAGAGCAAGAUCUAGUGAACAUGAUGGCAUCUUCUACAGCUCAUGGCUUUAACGGUCAGGUUCCUAUUCCUCUAAAUUUAGCUGCAGGUCCCUUACCUUUUCCUAUCCAGUCCUCUGGUCUUGCUGCAAUGGGUAACAAUCAGAGAAAUUUGGGUGGAAUUGUUCCUACAAAUAUACAAAUGUUUCCCCAAGGCUUGGUCUCUUCUCCUUUGGCCCAUUAUUUUUCUGGCAUUGGAUUAGCCUCAAAUCCUGAGGAUUCAAUUGAGCCUGGCACUGAAAAUUUUGGUUCUUCAGAAAUUAAUCCAGGGGAAACAGAACACGAGUUAUGGCACGAACAAGACAGGGGCUCUAGUGGUGGUUUUGAUCUUGAUAAUGGAAAUUUUGAAGUGCUUCAGUCAGAUGAUAAGCAACUGUCAACUUCAGGUGGCUAUAAUUUUGUUCCUUCAUCUAGGGUAGGCAGCUCUGGUAGUUCUACUAAAGUCCAACAGAAGUUUACUAAAGAAACUCGAGGGUUAAAUAGGGAAGAUCAUGUUGAUGUUUGCCAAUAUCAAGAUAACAGAGGUAAUGAUGUUUACUUUGAUGAAAGAAACGGAAGUUCUAGAUCCAUGCCUGCUUCACAUACUAGUUCACUCAGAAGUAAAACGUCAUCAGAAAAUUCUUGGGAAGGGUCAUCAGCAAAGGUCUCUAAGCCAGCUAGGGAGAAACGGGGUAGGAAAACUGCUGCUUCUGCGCUUCCCUCUGCUGCAUGUGGGAAAGGUAAGAGUGUAUCUGAGCAUUCCUCUCAGGCAGGCGAUGAUGGCAGAGACUGGAAUCUACCAUCAACGGUGGGCACUGAAAUGGCAGAAAGAACUACUGGACCUCAACCAGUUAGUUCUUUGCCUGUUCCGAGGCAUCAAAUGCCUGGAUUUGAGGCAGCUCAGACUAGUGGCUCAGAUUCACUGAUACCCAUGGCUCCAAUCCUUUUAGGUCCAGGUUCAGGGCAAAGAGCUAUGGAUAAUUCUGGAGUUCCUCCCUUGGCCUUUACAAUAACAGGUCCACCAAUUCCAUUUUUCUUGUGUCCUGUGUACAACAUUCCAGCAGAAACAGGAACUCCAGAUGCAUCAACAAGCCAUUUUAGUUGGGAUGAAGGUUUGGAUAACAAUGAUUCUGGUCAAAAUUUUGAUUCAUCUGAGGGACUUGAUCAGUCUGACAUGUUAAGUACUGCUAGUUCUCCAAGAAAGGCUGCAUCUCUUAAGCCAUCUGAGCACAAAGCUGACAUUCUUAAUGGUGACAUUGCUAGCCAUUGGAAAAACUUGCAGUAUGGACGGAUUUGCCAAAAUUCACGAUAUCCUUCACCUCUGAUUUGUCCUUCACCUGUUAUGGUGCCACCUGUCUAUUUACAAGGUCAUUUCCCAUGGGAUGGUCCUGGGAGACCUCUCUCAACCAAUGUGAAUCUCUUUUCUCAACUUAUGAAUUAUGGGCCCCGUGUUGUUCCUGUUACUCCACUCCAAUCUGUUUCAAAUAGGCCUGCCAGUGUAUACCAACGGUAUGCUGAUGAAAUGCCAAGAUAUCGUGGUGGUACUGGGACAUACCUGCCAAACCCUAAAGUUCCAAUGAGAGAACGCCAUUCCACAAAUACAAGGAGGGGAAAAUAUAAUUACGAUAGAAAUGACCAUCAUGGUGAUAGAGAAGGAAACUGGACUGCUAAUUCAAAGUCACGAGCUGCUGGGCGCAGCCAUAGUCGCAAUCAAAAUGAAAAAUCAAGGUUCACGUUUGAUCACUUGGCAGCUGUUGCUGGUGAGAGCAGAGCUGAGAGGCCUUGGAGCUCACAUAGACAUGAUUCAUUUACUUCAUACCAGUCUCACAAUGGACCAGUCCGCUCUAACUCUUCUCAAAGUAGUUCUGCCAGCAUGCCAUACGGCAUGUAUCCACUGCCAGCCAUGAACGCCAGUGGGGUAUCAUCUAAUGGACCGACCAUUCCUUCUGUGGUCAUGUUGUAUCCUUAUGAUCAUAAUUCUGGUUAUAGUUCCCCUGCUGAACAGCUCGAGUUUGGCUCUCUUGGACCACUGGGUUUUCCAGGCAUGAAUGAAGUAUCACAGCUAAGUGAUGGAAGCAGCUCAGGUGGGGUAUUUGACGAGCAAAGGUUUCAUGGUUCCUCUGCUCAACGGUCCUCACCAGACCAGCCUUCUUCACCCCACCUUCAAAGGGGACUUUGAUUUUAUUGCCAGAUCAGUGGCCCAUGAGAAUUAUCAAUUGAAAGAUGAGGAUUUCCCACAUCUUGCUUUUCCAUUUGAGGGAAGAAUUGAUGGUGGGAGAACCUAUAAUGAGAAAACCUCCCAUUAACCAGGCUUUUUGUUCUCAACUCACUAAUGAAAGGAAGAAUUGAAUUUUCUGAUUUAGUGAUUCUUAAUGGUUUUCUCAGGAGAUGGUCAGAGUGCUUCUUGGCUUGUGCUUGUAUGUACACUAUGAAUGAUGAAAAUCAUUUUCGAAAUUGCUCUGUUUUCAAAGAUAUAACAGAGUAAUGGUGAAAGGAAUGCAGGACUCGGAGGCAAGAGAAUUUAAAGUUAGGGUUCUACACAUUGUAACUGAAAUAGGAACUCCUUAGGAUUAGAACUGAGUUCUAUCAUUUUAUAAAUUGCAAUGAUCAGGAUUUCUUUCCCACAAUGUAAUAGGGCUUUUCAUUUUUGAUUUAUAAUUUCAGUGUAUUAGGUUGCUUUUGUUAACUUUCUUUGUGAAAGUUACAGUGUAUCAAUAACGUUGCCAUGGUGAAAAAUGAGUUGAUUAGAAUUACCAUUUUUCUGAAGAAAGAAACCAUAUGUCAGAUGCAUGCAUGACAUGUUAGUAUUGAUGUGUUCUUGCCCUAGAUGAAUCUUGUUGGCCGAUGAGCAGGUUCUGGAGUGCUUCAGUUGAUCAAGCUUCCAUCAUAACAUGAUUUCUUUUGGAAGACCACACGGUGUAAAAUGAUCGAUUAGUGAAAUGUGAUGCUAGAAUUUUCUUUCUUUUUCUUCUUUUAA